AUGUUAUUAAAUAAAUUUUUGUAUAUUUCUUAUAUUUUCAUCUUAUUGAUGAUACAAUUUCCAAAACUUAGUCAUUUAGGAUUAAAAUUCUCAAAAUGUGCUCGUUCCAACUCACCUAGUAAGAACCUUGUUGCUAGAAAAAAAUCCGACAUUAAGUUUGGUAGUAGGGACAAGGACAAUAAUGGGUUUGUAAAAGGAACAGUAAAGGUCCGUAUAUACGGCAGUCUUCACAAAUUUGCAUUUUAUUACAUUUAUAUGGGAAUUGGAAAUCCAAAAGUUAAACAAAUGUUGAUUAUUGAUACCGGAUCACAACAGAUAAACGUAGCAUGUGGAAAUAGCCCAUCCUGUGGAAAACACUCAUUAGAUAACUACAAUUACCAAAAUUCAGUAACGUACAAGCCCAUUGAUUGUGAAAGUGAUUCAUGUAAAAUAAUAGAGGGUGGCUGUGAUUUAGAAAGAUCUUGUAUUUUUAGUGAAACAUAUUCUGAAGGUAGCAAUGUAAAGGGUAUGUACAUAGGUGAUUUGGUAAGUUUCGACACUGAUGAAGAUUCGUCUGACUUAUCUUCUUUUUUUGACUACAUUGGUUGCGUCACACACGAGAGUGCAAUGAUUAGGAGUCAGAUAACGAACGGCAUUUUGGGUCUUUCCAGAAGCGAUAAGAACCCUUUAAUUAAAAAUGAGUAUUACGAAUCUCAAAGUUUCAUUGAGAAAUACCUCACUGAUCACUUCAGUCCAAGGCACAAGAUAUUUUCUCUAUGUUUAUCUGAAGAUGGUGGAGUUUUGACUUUGGGAGGUUAUGACAAGGAUUUGGAUAUGCUUGUUAAGAAAAAGUCCGACAUGAUAUGGACUCCUAUGGUGAAAUCUGAGUUUUAUAUUGUUAGGGUUUUCAGAUUUACAAUCGACGACGAUGUUACUGAUGUAAAUCGAAAGAAUUUUGUUCUUGACACUGGUACUACUUUGAGUACCUUUGAGAAGGAGCUGUUUAUUAAGAUUGAGAAACCAAUAAAAGAAGCUUGUUAUCAGAACAAAAAGUUUUCUAAAAUUAAGAAGACAAAUAUUGAGUGCAAAGUUGAUGAGGUUAAUGGGAAAAUUUGUUUCAGCGACAUUACUAAACUACCUAUAAUCACCAUUAAUUUUGAAAAUGGUACUAAUUUUGACUGGAAACCUGAAUCUUACAUGAUUGAUCGAACCGUGAAGCGAACUAUUAACGAUUAUUCUUGGUGGUGUUUGGGCAUUGAGGAAAGCAAAACUAACGAGAACAUCUUUGGCGCCAAUUUUUUCAAAAACAACCAUGUAGUCUUUAACUUGGACAAGGAACUAAUAGGUAUUUCUCAUGGCAAUUGCCCCGAUAACGGGUUUCCAAACAAACCAUAA